AUGUUCUGUGUCUCCUACAAACAGUUAUUUUUGUGUUUCGGAGCAGUCUAUCUUUUGUCGCAGACAAAUGGGGCGUUGAUUCAACGUAGUGGUGAGUACAGUCUUCGACUACAAUAUCUGAUACGACAGUGUGUACCACUUUGCGCAAAUGAUGGUCAACUGUAUGUGCCUGACCGAUUGUGGAAGAAAUGCAGUUGUGUUUGCCCGCGUGGCUACACCGGCAUUGCCUGUGAACGACGAGUCGAGGAACACAAACGGAACUAUCCAGCUCGACUGACCGGUACAAUUUCUGAGAGCAGUAUCGGUGCCGGAGAGGAACAACCGUAUCCAGAAGACUCUGUGAUGAAUUAUUAUACCCAAUGGUCCGAGAAUCCGCACAAACACGUUCAAUUCGAUAAUGCUGAACGUCAAGCAGGAUGGGCUGUCUAG